AUGUUUUCUUGCUUCGUACGGUUUAUUUUAUGUCUCAUUGUUUGUCUUACAAUUGCUCAUGCGUAUCCACCAUUAAUGAGCAGAGCCAAAUGGCUAUCAGAACAUGCUCCAAGACCUCAUGGAACUCAAGAUGGAGAAACAUAUGAUUAUAUUAAUUCGGUAGAUGGAAAUGAUAAUGAUGUGACUGGUAGUAAUGAUUUUCCAACGUGGCUAUUACGAUCACGUAAAUUCUGCUGUGCACCACCAUUGUAA